AUGUCAUACUCCAGGGAAAACAACGAAGUCUCCGCGUCCGGGGAGGAUAGAGUAAACGCCAUGCGCGGUUACAAGGCUACAAUCAGCAACCCCCGCGUCUCGAACGAAGCCAAACAGCACGCGCAGGAUGUGCUGGACAAUGAACUGCAUUGGAACCAGCCGCGGCAAGAUCUGUAUGCGGUGCGGCAGCAGAAUAAGGAGCCGAAUCGGGUGGCUGGGGGGUUGAAGGCGGCUCAGAGAAACCCGCGUGUGACACGGAGCGGCAAACAGAGCGCUGGGGAGAAGUUGGAUCAGUUGGGAAAGACGCAGCAGGAGCAGCCGGAGGAGUAG